UUCUACUUUUCAGUGUGAACAAACAGCGGUAACGAACUUUAGUCCUCAGUGCGAAGGUGAAACUACACACCGCCAUUCCUCUGUAUAGUGUUGAGUUUGUGCAGAAUGGGUGAGGAUCAGCCGUGUAAGGUGUGUGAGGUGUGUGAUGUGGUGGUGGUCGGAGGAGGAUUGUCGGGUCUCUGCGCCGCGCGUCGGCUGAAGGAGAGAAACGAGAAGCUCCGAGUGCUGGUGCUGGAGGCCAAAGGUCGUGUAGGGGGUCGCACUCUGACUCUGAGUUUACCGGCUUCCAAUGGCCUUGACUCCUGGGACAUGGGGGGGCAGUGGGUGGGCAGCUCACAGACUCAUGUUAUGGAUCUCAUCCAGGAGCUGGGGUUGGAGGUUUACCCGCAGUUCACCGAGGGGAAGAAAGUUCACCACAUGGGCGGCGCUAACGCUAAGAUCAGGACCUACACGUCCAGCAUUCCCUCUUUCUCUCCGCUCGUACUGCUGGACUUCAUGCACUUCCUGUGGAGGAUGGAGAGUCUGUGUAAGAGUGUGUGUGUGGAGAAUCCCAUGAAGACUCCGGACGCUCUGCAGCUGGACAGCAUGACACUGCAGUCCUACAUGGACAAGCGCAUCUGGACCACACAGUUAAUGGAGGAGUUGGAGCUGUGCACUCGCUCUGUGUUCGGAAUGGAACCUUCACAACUGUCCUUCCUGUACUUCCUGAUGUACAGUGCAGCAGCAGGUGGAGUCAUGAAACUGCUGGAAACCACACCGGGGUCAGCGCAGGAGUUUAGGGUCAAGGGGGGCACUCAGCAGCUGUCAGAGCGAGUCGCAGAGCAGCUUGGGAAGGAGAACGUGCGCCUGGGAUCAGCCGUGACGGCCAUAUGGCAGAGUGAAGAGAGUGUGGAGGUGAAGACGGCAACGAGCACAAUCACAUGCAAAGCCAUCAUAGUUACCUGCCCCCCUCACAUGGCAGGUGAGUGUUAUAAAGCUCAGAUCGAGUACCGGCCUGCUUUGCCUCUGGAGCGUCGGAGUCUUGCACGGUGCAUGCCUGUGGGUCACAUGACCAAGUUUAUCAUCACGUAUCCUACAGCAUUCUGGAAGCAGAAAGGCUUCUCAGGCGAGAUCGUGGCACGUCCCUCUGUACAUUGCCCUUUCGGGGUCACCUUCGACGCCACCAGUCCCAGCGGGAGCCCGGCGCUGGUGGGCUUCAUCGCCGGGGUUCAGGCCUGUUACUGGAACAGCCGAGAGAUGGAGGACAGACGAGAUGCCGUUGUUAGCAGCCUGGUGAAAUAUCUGGGCCCCGAAGCGGCCUCCUACGUUCACUACGAGGAGAAAGACUGGUCUAAAGAGGAGUAUAAUGGAGGAUGUCCUGUCAACGUCAUGGUUCCUGGAAUGCUCACAUUCUACCAACCCGGCCUGUGCAAACCAUGUGGCAGGAUCUACUGGGCGGGAACAGAGACGGCCACGCGCUGGUGCGGUUACCUCAGCGGUGCGGUUCAGUCCGGUCAACGGGCAGCUCUUGAAGUUCUGGCAGAUGUUUCUCCAGCUGUUCUGUCGCAGAGCGAACUCCAGGAAGUGAGAGCAGGCCUCACGAUGGCACCGUCGGAGUUGUCCCGGGUUUGGGACCGCACCGGCGGCUCCGCCUCGUCAUCCCGCCUCCUCGUUGGUCUGACCUUCAUGGCCGUCACUGUGGGCGGGGCCGUGUUCUGGCUCAAGCCGGGAUUGGGUAAAAAUUGGCUCAGUGGUGUUUUGGCUGUGAUUCAGAGAUGACCAUCAGAGGAAUCUUCUUUUAUCUUAAACUGCAUAAUAUCGUAAAAAAAAAAAAAAAGAGAUCCUUUCUCACAGUGCUGGUUUUAAAGACAUACUUUUCUUUUUAAGUAAUUGUUCUUCAACGUUCUACUGUACUCGGUGAUGAAUAAAGCCGGAAUAUGAAAUGGAA